AAGAUUAAAGCAGCAGAUCAACUUCUGGCAGGUCCCACCCCACAACAUUCAAACAGAAAAACACUCUUGUGAAGAAACUGAGGAAUGGCUUCACCUCUACUAAGCUUUAAAACAUAUAAAUGGUCUGCUAAAUACUACGUGUAGGAGUUCUCUGCUUAGACCUCCAUCGAUUCUUGUGAAGUGACAACCUUCAUCAGUCAAGCGUAGCCUCGCCGCUUCGUCAUGGAUCUCACUUUGUGGCAGUACCAGUUUCGAAUCAUCAUGCUUGGAGACUCCACUGUGGGCAAGUCAUCCAUGUUGAAGCGCUACACAGAGGAUCAGUUUCUGGAGGGUAUUAACCAGACAGUUGGAGUGGACUUCUAUGUACACUUCCUAGAGGUGGAGCCUGGGGUAAGGGUGAAAUUGCAGUUCUGGGAUACAGCUGGUCAAGAGAGGUUUAGAUCUGUCACUCGUUCAUAUUACCGCAACUCAGUUGGAGGUCUGCUUGUGUUUGAUCUGGGCAACCGCGACUCCUUCAAUCACCUGAGGCAGUGGUACGAUGAGGUGCGCGAGCGCGUUCACCCGUACAGUGUGCUCUUCGUGCUGGUGGGGCACAAGACUGACCGAGCAAAAGCAGGAGAGCGGGCGGUGGACCGGGCUGAGGCGGAAAAUCUCGCGAGCCAGCUGGGCGCUCCCUAUAUUGAGGCCUCAUCCAAAACGGGUCACAAUGUGAAAGAAGCCUUUGACCUGUUGACCCGGAGGGUUUAUCAGGGGUUGAAGAGCGGAGAGGUGCAAGUGCGUGAAGGUUGGGAUGGAGUCAAGACCUCAGGACCUACAAUGGAAUCACUCCAGAGGGUCAAACUCAAUAAACCUGCUGAGGAAAAAAAGAGCUGUGCGUGUUAACUUAAACAUGUCAACAACUUGAAAAGCACUUAGGUCUUCAAACUUAACACUAAGUUAGUUGGACUUAAAAGCGAAAACCUUAAGGGCCCAAGGUGUAAGAUUGUACAUAAGAAAAUUUAAACAGACAACUGUUUCCUCACGCCAUGGAUCAAGUGUAUCUCGACUCGAAUUUUCAUCAUUUGCCAACCUUACCGAAACAUAUGAUAAACAUUUGCAUGUCACAAAAAAUGUUAAGAAAAGGUUAAAACAAGAAAUUGUAUUUUGCCCGUAACAAUAUUUUCAUUACAGUUACUGAGGAAAAAUGGUAUGGUAUAAAAAGUGAUUUAUUAAAAUGUUUUCGUGCGCAAACAUUUCCCCCUUCAUUUCAGGUCAAAUGUGACCUCAAUAUGUUUUCAUAAGAUUCACUAAUUGUACCUCAAACCUACCUUAAAAAUUUGUUCGUUUCUCUAUUUUUAGCCCCAAGGUGUUAUUUGUUUAGUCUGUCUCAUAAUUCUAGAAAUCUUAAUUUAUUUGUGCAAACUCAGUGUAUUCAGGUUCAUUAAAAUAUUACAGACAGUCUCUUUAAAGGGAUACUCCACCCCCCAAAAAAAUCUGUCAUCGUUUACUCACCCUCAAGUUCCAAACCUGAAUAAAUGUCCUUGUUCUGACAAACACAGAGAAAGACAUUUUUAAGCAUGUUAGCAACUGACAUUUCGGAGUCACCGUUGACUACCAUUGUAGAAUCAAUUAUUGUACAGUCUUUAUGUUGAACACAAAAUAAUACAUUUUGAAGGAUUUAGGAAAGCAAACUUUUCUGGGUCACCUUUUUUCUACUAUGGUAGACAAUGGUGCCUCAGAAAUUCAGUUGCUAACAUUGUUACAAAUAUCUUUGUGUUCAACAGAAUUAAGGAACAACUGGGGGGGGGUAAUUUUUGGGUGACGUAUUCCUUUAAGACUGAAAUCAUUCAAAAAAGCGUAACAUUCUGCAGAAGGUAUGUAAGACCGAAUCCUGUACAUUUGUAAAUGACUAAAUUCAUAUGUAAUGGGUGUUUACAUAUUCAGAGUUGCCUCUCAAUCUUUAUACAUUUUUAU